CUUCCUCUACCUUCUUAACUCUUCGUUUCGAAGCUACCUGCGUUCUUCUUCUUCUUCUUCUUCUUCUUCGUGACCAAAGGAGAAUUAGGGUUUGAAGUUAUUGUCUAACUGACAGAUCUAAGCCUUCUCUGUCAUCUUCCUCUGUUCUUACGGUUUCACCUCGUUAUGUCUCUGUCCCAUCGGGCAAUGUCGGCGUUGCUUAUGAAAUGCAGAUGGGAGAUCUCUGAAUUCGGUUUCUAUUGAGGUAGAGGAUUUAGAGCUUCGAUGGGAGGCGUGCCUUCCACGCCGCGCAAUAACGCGCAGCCACAGGACACGGUGGAAUACCUAAUCGGCGUCUUCGUGGGUGAGAAAUCAUACCCUCUCUCCUCGGAUUUCUGGGAUGAAUUGCUCGAGCUUUCUCUCGCUCUCCAAUGGCCGCAUCAUCGAGUUAACGAAGCUUGCGAGAUUUUCGCACGCAACAACUAUCAUACAAGGCACCUUGCAAAGAUUUUGAUUCAUCUGGUUCGGUGUUUGCAAGAGUCCAUGUCAACUUCUGGUGGACCAUCAAUGGUACAUGUCAAGGCUGUUAAUGCAGCAUGUCUAUCGUCCAUAUUUCUGAAGUAUUUAAUUGAAAAUUGCAAAGGUGAUAACUUUGAGGAAUUGUACCUAUCGCUUGAUGAAGGUGAAGCAGCACCAGAAAAAAUCCUUGGAGAUCAGAACACUGCAAAUUUUGUGAUGCGUGGUGUGCUUAGUUUUAUUGCCAUGUCUGAUGUAAGUUCUCACAUGUACCUCCUACACCAUGAACUGCUGAACUUUAUGCUUAUAGCUAUGUCUACUCAGCUUUGUUAUGCUCCUUCUCCGGGGCCAGAAGAUGUGCACCCAUUCCUUGAUGCAGCAAUGAUUCAGGAAACUUCUUUGGUUGGUUUGGUUGUUCGCAAGCUACUACUUAAUUAUAUCACACGUCCUCAUUUUCCCUUGCAUAGUGGAUCAUAUUCCACUGUUUCUGGUGGAAGUCAGCUCGGUGUUCUACACAAAGUUGGUUCUGCCGCUGCAAAUCUUGUACUAUUUCCGUUCAGUUAUUUUGUUAGUUCAAGUGGUGAAGGUUCAAGAAGCCCGUUGGCUGAAAACAGUCUUUUUGGUUUACUUAUUCUUAUUCAUUAUCGAAAAUGCAACGUGGUGGAUGAGUCCUUCCUAGAUAAAAGUGAAGAUGAUGCUACUAUGGAUUAUCUUCUGAAAGAUGGUUCAAAUUUUUCUGAGAAUCCAUACUGCAAGGCCUUAGAAAAUGCUAGAGAUAUUGAGUUUGAUCGCAUGGAUAUUGAAGGGAAUGCUCACAGUGGGCCACUUGUGAGGUUGCCUUUUGCUUCUCUAUUUGAUACCCUUGGAAUGCACUUGGCUGAUGAAAGUUCUGUUCUACUGCUGUACUCAUUGGUGCAUGGAAACUCGGAUUUUUUGGAGUAUGUCUUGGUGCGAACUGAUUUGGACACAUUGCUGAUGCCUAUUCUUGAAACACUUUACAAUGCUUCGAGGAGGACGUCUAAUCAAAUCUACAUGCUGUUGAUUAUCCUUCUCAUACUAAGUCAGGAUUCAACCUUCAAUGCCAGUAUUCACAAGCUGAUCCUGCCUAGUGUUCCCUGGUACCAAGAACGUCUCCUCCAUAACACCUCGCUUGGUUCUUUGAUGGUAAUAAUACUAAUAAGGACUGUGAAGUAUAAUCUAUCCAAGAUGCGGGAUGUUUACCUCCAUACGAAUUGUCUAGCAACUUUAGCAAACAUGGCUCCACAUGUUCACCGGCUGAGUGCAUAUGCGUCGCAGAGACUGGUUAGCCUUUUCGAUAUGCUUUCGCGCAAGUAUACCAAAUUAGCGGAGUUAAGAAAUGAUGACAUGCUAAUGAAUAAGGCCAACUCAGUGGAUGGGGGCAACGUCACAGAAGAUGUGUCAACUGAGUUGCACAUCUAUACUGACUUCCUGAGAAUUGUACUGGAGAUCAUAAAUGCAAUCCUUACUUAUGCAUUGCCUCGGAAUCCUGAGGUUGUGUAUGCAAUAAUGCAUCGUCAGGAGGUUUUCCAGCCAUUCAAGAAUCAUCCACGCUUCAAUGAGCUGCUUGAGAACAUUUAUACUGUUUUAGAUUUCUUUAAUAGUCGCAUGGAUGCCCAGAGAAUGGAUGGGGAGUGGUCUGUGGAGAAAGUCCUCCAAGUCAUAAUUAUCAAUUGCCGAUCAUGGCGAGGUGAAGGAAUGAAGAUGUUUAAUCAAUUGCGAUUCACGUAUGAGCAAGAAAACCAUCCUGAGGAGUUCUUUAUUCCAUAUGUUUGGCAGCUGAAUCUAUCUCGCAGCUGUUUCAGUUUUAAACCAAGUGCCAUAAAUUUGUUCCCAGUCGAUAUGCCUGUUGAAGAACAGAAGGCUCCCACAGUUGAGGAGUGAAGGAUCAAACUGUUGAGUUCAACGUGUGGAGGGAGGUUGACUUACGCAGUUGCUGGCAGUGCUUGAGGGUACUGGCAACAAUCAUAAGGUUUUCAGUAAAUGUGUAAAUAGAUAUAGUAGAAAUUAUUCUUCUCAUUCUUUUUUGUUUAUAUGUUAUCAGUUGAUGUGAAUCUAAUUGUGGUGAGGGUUCCGUAAAUGAAUUGAUAUACCACCAUGUUGAAUAAGAGAUGUUGCUCAAA